UGCCGUGUGUAACUCUGUAUUUAAAUGCGACGAACGUAACAGUAUCGAUUGCAAGUGUUCCUGUUUUACGGAAAGAGGGAAGUGUGGUAACGGAAUCAUCAUGUGGAGAGCAAUAGUAUUAUGUACAGUCAUCGGCCUGAUAGCCGCCGAGAAGGCUACUUUUCACAAUUAUAAGGUCUUCAGAAUUUCUCCGACCACAAACACGCACGUUGAAUUACUACGCCAAUUGACCGAGGUUUCUGAUGGACUUACUUUCUGGAAAGAACCGACUACCGUAAAUACGUAUGUAGAUAUUAUGGUAGCUCCACACAAGCUGCCCGAAUUUUACGAAUUAAUGGCUCAGAUUAAAGCACCCCAUCAAAUUUAUGUUGAAAACGUUCAGACACUAAUCGAUCAAACGACAAAUCGGUCGACGUUGACGUCGCUCAAUUUUGAUGAGGGUUACCACACUCUCUGGGAAAUCUACAAGAACCUGGAUGAUUUGGCCGAGCAAUAUCCCGGCAAAGUAGAAGUUGUCGUGGGUGGCAAAACAUAUGAGGGACGUCAGAUCAAAGGCGUUAAGGUUUCCUUUAAGACCAACAAUCCUGGAAUCUUCAUCGAAGGUGGUAAUCACGCCAGGGAAUGGAUCUCUCCAGCGACUGUUAUGUAUAUUCUUCAUCAAUUGCUGACCAGCACCGAUCCAGAGAUCAGAGAUCUGGCUGAGAGCCACGAUUGGUACAUCUUCCCCGUAUUUAAUCCCGACGGAUAUGUGUACACGCAUACCACCAACCGAAUGUGGAGAAAGACACGUGAGCUGCAUGGUCUAUUCUGCCGAGGUAGUGAUCCUAAUAGGAAUUGGGGUUACAAAUGGGGAACUGGAGGCUCCAGCUCUUUCCCGUGUUCCGAAACUUAUGCCGGAAGUGCACCAUUCUCCGAUAUAGAAACGAAGAGCAUGUCCGAAUAUAUCAAAACCAUUUCUGAUAAAUUUUACGCAUACAUCUCGUUUCACAGCUAUUCACAGCUUUUGAUGUUCCCUUAUGGCUACACAAAGACUCAUAUUGAAAACUACGAGGAUUUGUAUGCCAUUGGUACAAAAUCGGCUGACGCUCUUAAAAAGAGAUAUGGAACCGAAUAUCAGGUUGGAGAUAUUGCCGACACAGUUUACGUGGCUAGUGGAAAUACUGUAGAUUAUAUCGAAGGCGUUUACAAUAAACCUAUUGUCUAUGUCUACGAGUUGCGUGAUCAAGGUCAGUAUGGUUUCUUGUUGCCUCCUGAGCAGAUUAUCCCAACUGGACAAGAAACUCUGGACUCUCUCGUAGUCAUGUUCAAAGAGGCAAAGAGGCUUGGAUACUCCAAUAAUAUUUAAGCUGUUUAUUGCAAAUUGUCCUAUAGACAUUCUUUUAUUAGACAAUUUCCGAUAUUAUUUUGUAAUUGGCUGGUAACAAUAACUUUUAGUUUUUAAUUAUUUUUUGUUUCUUAAUUAUUUGCUACAAUUAUUUCGAUGUUUUGCGCCUAUUUACUUUAGACACGUUAUUUACUUCAAAUCAAUUGCUCCGAAUAUCUGCAACAGAAUUAAAAACAAUGUUGUCAAUUAA